AUGCCAAGGACAACUGGAUUAGUUUUGCAUACAUUGAUCGAUUCACAUUAUCCAGUGGUGGAACCUUCAACGGACAAGGACAAGUUGCUUGGAAGCAAAAUAAUUGCGGUCGAAAUCCAAAAUGCAAGAGACUUCCAGUUCUCACGAUUUGACUUCAUUACUAAUAGUGUAGUUCAUGACGUAACAUCACUCGAUAGUAAGAAUUUACAUGUCAAUGUUCUAGGUAGCAAAAACCUUACUUUCGAUCGCUUCACAAUCACUGCACCAGGACAUAGCAUCAAUACAGAUGGAACUCACAUCAGGCAUUCAAACGGGAUCAACAUUAUUAAUUUAAAUAUUGCCACCGGUAAUUACUGCAUCUCCAUUAGUGAUGGCAGCGAACAAAUAAGGAUCACAAACGUACGAUGUGGACAUGGACAUGGCAUUAGCAUGAAAAGUUUAGGGAAGACCACUGAUAAAUUUGUCUCUGAAAUUUUCGUAAGGAAAUGCACCAUCUAUGACACCGACAAUGGAGUGAGAAUUAAGACAUGGCCGGCAUUACAUGGUGGCAUGGCAUCUGAUAUGCAUUUCGAGGAUAUUAUGAUGAAAAAUGUCUGCAACCCUAUCGUUAUAGAUCAACUUCCGUCAAAAGUUAAGAUCGCCAACGUCACCUUUAAGAAUAUUAGGGGCUCUUCAGCAACAGCAAUAGCUAUUCGAAUUAAUUGCAGCAGUAGUUUUCCAUGCGAGAAGGUCAAGCUCACUGACAUUAACUUGACGUACAGAGGAAAGGAAGGCCCUGCAAAAUCCUUGUGUGCAAAUGUUAAACCCACACUUAAGGGAAAAUUGACUCCAACCAUGUGCUAG